AUGGUCCAGUCUGACAACGGUAUGAUCGACGACAAUCACAUCCUUCGUCAGGUCAGCAAGAAUUACUUCAGCUCCAUCGAAGAUACCAAGGAUCCGCGAGCCCCUUUGAAGCUGGAUUCCAUGAUGAGGGAGGCGGGAUUAGUUGAGCUGGGAAGCAGAAUGGUUCAAUUGCAUUUGAAUGGAUGGUCAAAUGUCGAGCGUGAUCGCCUGAUUGGCGAGAAAUAUGGCGAGGUCUUCAAGGACUGCAUUGAAGGUCUACUUCAAAUCCCAUUCAAGGAUAAAUUUGGAAUGUCCAUAAAUGAAGUUAGGGUCAUGGCCGCGCGAUUUCGACAGGAGGUGGAUAACAAGAGCCUCAAGCCAUAUUUUGGACUGUACAUCUCGAUCGGACGCAAACCCAAUCCAUAG